AUGGAUCAAGGACAGCAAGGAGAACUGAACUGGCGCCUCAGCGCCCACCCGAUCACGCUACUUGUCUUCUUGGGAAUCCGCAUCGGUGCUUUGAUGAUGUAUCUCUUUGGUGUCCUCUUCAUUGACAACUUCAUCCUUGUGUUCAUCCUGACCUUGCUUCUCCUUUCCGCCGACUUCUACUACCUCAAGAACAUUGCCGGACGCCGACUGGUUGGCCUAAGAUGGUGGAAUGAAGUCAACACUACCUCGGGCGACUCCCACUGGGUCUUCGAGUCUGCAGACCCCAACGUCCGUACGAUCAGCGCCACCGACAAACGGUUCUUCUGGCUAAGCAUGUAUCUUACACCGGCACUGUGGGUGGGACUGGCCGUACUGGCUAUUGUGAGACUGGUUGGUGUGAUUUGGCUGAGCUUGGUUGCUAUUGCCCUUAUCUUGACGAUUACCAACACUGUGGCUUUCUCCCGAUGCGACAAGUUCAGCCAAGCAUCGACAUUCGCAAACAGCGCGCUCGGUGGUGGAAUUGUGAACAACCUUGCUGGUGGCCUGCUGGGCAGGGUCUUCCGGUAA